CACACCCACCCGCACCCACGCCAUGCCCGCACGCACCGCCACCAAGGCGGCACCCGCACGUGCGGCGUCCGGCUCGUCGGCCAAGCCCGCGCGCAGCGCUGCGGCCGCCGGCGACCUCGUCAUGACGAUCGACUCGGACGACGACGUCGGGCCCGGCUCCGACGACGAGGAGCUCGCUCUCGCGGGCGCUGCCGCUGACGAGCCCGACUCGGCCGAAGAGGAGGACCUGGCGGCCAUCAAGGGCAAGAAGCGCCUCACGGCCCAGCUCUCGAAGCGCGAGAAGAUCCGCGAGUCUGUCGCUGGCUCGUCGCGUGCCGGCGCAAAGGGCAAGGGCAAGGCCGACGCGCCCGACGGCAGCGGCCUUGCCGUGAGCCGCGACUUUGAGUUCGACACGGAGGAUGCGGGAUACGGCACUGGCGCCGGCUGGGACCUGGCGGUGAACGGCGUCAAGGGCAGCCGCGAGCUUGGUGCGAAGCUGAGCGUGGACGACAUCAUCGAGCGGCGGCGCAAGAGGCUGCCGGAAGUCCUGCUGCCCGCUCCAGAGUCUGAGGACGAGGCAGACGCCGCCGGCAGCGCCAGCGGCGAGGAGCUCGAGAGUGCAGAGGAGGACCUGGAGUUCGCUGGGUUCGGCGACGAGGACGACGAGAGCGAUGAAGAGGGCUUCGGCGCCGGCUUGCGCAAGGCCCGAACAGCGCCCGCCGCCGAGGCCGAGGAUGACAAGUCAGAUGAGGAGGAUGAGGAGGAUGAGGACGACGAAGACGAGAGCGCAGGCAGCGAGGACGAGUCUGCGUCCGCCGACUCGGCGGACGAAGACUCGGGCGAGGAUGAGAGCGACCAAGAGACUGAGGUGCAGAAGGCGCGCAAGGCCGCCUACUUCGCCCAGGAGCCCGAGGCUGCUGCAAAGUCUGGCGGCGCGGCGGAUGACGAGGCGCCGAGCUUCGCCGCUCUGGGCCUCUCGCGGCCGCUGUUGCGCGCUCUCGGCGCCAUGGGUUUCCACGCGCCGACGCCCAUCCAGGCCCGCUCGAUCCCGCUGUCGCUUGCCGGCAAGGACAUCGUCGCCGGCGCCGUGACUGGCUCCGGUAAGACGGCUGCCUUCAUGAUCCCGGUGCUGGAGCGUCUCGCGCACCGCGCAAAGGGCCGCGACGAGGCCAAGACGCGCGUCGUCGUGCUCACGCCGACACGUGAGCUGGCGGUGCAGUGUCACGCCGUCGGCAAGGCGCUCGGCCAGUUCAUGGACAUUCGCUUCUGUCUCGCAGUCGGUGGUCUCUCUGUCAAGGCGCAGGAGGCGGAACUCAAGCUCCGGCCCGAGGUCAUCAUCGCCACGCCGGGUCGUCUGAUCGACCACAUCCGCAACAGCGCGUCGUUCGGCAUCGACGACGUGGAGAUCCUCAUCAUGGACGAGGCGGACCGCAUGCUCGAGGAGGGCUUCGCCGCGGAGCUCAACGAGAUCGUCCAGGCCACGCCCAAGGGCCGCCAGACGAUGCUCUUCUCCGCCACGAUGACGGACGACGUCGACGAGCUCGUGCGCCUCAGCCUGCGGCGGCCCGUGCGCCUCUUCGUCGACCCGAAGCGCACCACUGCCGCCAAGCUCAUCCAGGAGUUCGUGCGCGUGCGAGGCUCGGGCUCGGCCGGCUCGGCUGCCGAGUUGACGGCAGGCAGCAGCUCGAGCGCUGGCGGCCGGCGGACAGAGGACGAGGCGCGGCCUGCGCUGCUGCUCAGCCUCUGCACACGCACCUUCCGCCACCAGGUCAUCAUCUUCGUCCGCUCCAAGAAGCUUGCGCACCAGCUCAAGAUCGUCUUUGGCCUCGUCGGCCUCUCGGCCGCGGAGCUGCACGGUGACCUGUCGCAGGAGCAGCGUCUGCUGGCGCUGCAGAACUUCCGUGACGGCAAGGUCGACUUCCUGAUCGCCACGGACCUUGCCUCGCGUGGUCUCGACAUUCGCGGCGUGCAGACGGUCAUCAACUACGACAUGCCGGCGCAGUUCGAGCAGUACCUGCAUCGCGUCGGUCGUACGGCACGUGCAGGCCGCAACGGACGUGCCGUCACGCUCGUGGGCGAGGCAGACCGAAGGCUGCUCAAGACGGCGCUCAAGCGCUCGCCGGCGUCGCAGGUGAAGCACCGCCUCAUCCCGCCGGAGGUCGUGAGCAGCAUGAUCACGCAGCUCGACGAGCUCAAGGGAGAGGUCGAGGAGGUGAUGAAGGAGGAGCGCGAGGAGAAGGCGAUGCGCACGGCCGAGAUGGAGCUCACCAAGGGCAGCAACAUGAUCGAGCACCGCGACGAGAUCAUGAGCCGGCCCAAGCGCACCUGGUUCCAGAGCGAGAAGGACAAGCUCGAGGCGAAGAACGUCUCUGCUGCCGACUACGCCGCCAAAGUCGACCCAAAGGAGGCGCAGAAGAAGCGCAAGGCCGACGAGGCGCCGAAGCGCGGCAAGUUCGACGGCCUCUCGCGCAAGCAGAAGCGCAGCAAGAUGCUGCGCGAGGAGAUUGCCGAGGAGAACCUCCAGCCCAUGGUCGACGCCUCGGUGCGCGCCGCCAAGAAGGCGCACCGGCCGCGCGCGAUGGGCGAGCCGGAGCCGCCGAAGCGGGCGGACAAGACCAAGACCAAGAAGAAGCGCUCGUCGACGAGCGCACUCAAGGUCGGCAAGCAGGGCGGCGGCUUUGCGCGCGACCUCGGCGAGCGGAGCGGCGAGGCACGCAGCGGUGGCGGAGGCGGGGGCGGCGGAGGCGCUCGCAAGAAGGCUGGCGGCGGCCCGCUCGGGGGCAAGCCAGGCAAGGGCGGCGCCAGGAGCAAGGGCAAGAGCGGCCGCAAGCGCUAGCUCAGGCGUGGCACUCGCUCGUGAGCGCGGAAUGGUCAUCGUUAUUGCCCGGAGACAUGCACCGGAGGCGCCGCGCGGUGCCUGCGCCCGUCAAGGGCGGUGCUGGGCCUGGGCUCGGAGGCUGGAUACAAGAAGCGAGUCACGGAUGCGGAAACAGAGUGAGAGACGUGUGUGAAGACAG